AUGGCCCCGAAACGCAAAGCUGCAGCUAAAAUUUCUGGUCUGGUUGAGUCUGAUGAUGAUUUAAUGCAAAUCUCGGGAAAUGAGGGUGUUCUUCUGGAAUCGCAGGAACCUGCCAGCAAGAAACGGCGGGGCCGGGCGCGAACCUCCGAUGAGAGUGCGACCGAUGUUAAGCCAGUCAAGCGUGCCAGAAAGCAAGUAUCAGCCGAAGCUUCACAAGCAGAGGUUCCAGAAGAUAUCAAGCCCAGACGGGGAAGGCCCCGUGCCAUCAAGAGCACCACAGGAAGCGAUAGAACUUUGCCACCAGCACCAGAAGAGCUACAGGAACAGGAUACACAUGAGCAAGAAAAUGACGACCCUCCUGCACCGAGCGAAACAAAGACUUCGCGCGCGUCAAAGUCUAGAAAGCCAGCGACAACGACUCGUCGCGCAAAAGGCCGCGCAGCUAGUACAGCCAAGCCAGCUCAGUCCGAGGACGAAUUCCAAAUUACACCCUCUGGUUCUCGUAAAGUAUCUAUUUUGGAGCCGACAAAGGAUGUCCAGCGACUAAGGGAUGAAUCUCAAACAACCUCCAACAACGAAACUGUCGACGAAUCGACUCUUCCAGACGAAUUACCUUCUGCGCCCACUAUGCCUACACCGAGCCGUCUUCCUCGAUCUCGACUAAGCUCAAUGCCCAACUUCCAAGACUUGUCUCCUCGUAAGCGCAGGUCAGGCGUUGAGCCCGUAGAAGGUGGAGAUCCGGAGUUGAGGCGUAGAAUUGGGGAUCUUACCAAAAAGUAUGAUGGAUUGGAGUCCAAGUAUCGGAAUCUUCGUGAGAUUGGAAUAAUCGAAGCCAACUCAAACAUGGAAAAGCUGCGUCAGCAAUGCGAGCAGAUAACAAAGUCUUCAAAUGACCUGGUCGCCUCCCUCAAAUCUGAACUUGAAGCUCAAAAAGUCCUCGGGCAGCAAGCCCGCACACUCCAGAUACAACUGAAGGAUCGGGAUGUCGAAAUGAGCAGACUCAAAUCGGAGGCAGAGCAGGCACGCGCACAGCUUGUAUCGGCACAAUCUGAGAUUAAGACGCUGCAAACCAAACUCGCAGCGACUCGCAGCACAACUACAAGUGCUGAAAGCACAGCCAAGGUUCCUGGGAGCGCCAUCAAGGGUGGUCCUGUCAAUCGUGCCGUGGCAGCUGCCACUGCCGAAGCUGCACAGGCCGCGCAUAUUGCACAGCUCAAGGAAGAGUUGUACAGCGAUCUGACAGGAUUGAUUAUUCUUGACGUUAAAAUUCGAGACACAGAUCAUUUAUACGAUUGCAUUCAAACAGGAGUCAAUGGGACUCUUCAUUUCAAGCUUUCUGUUCCCCGUGUGUCUAGUGCAGAGUACUCAGAGGCAGAGUUUGAAUACUUGCCCCUGCUGGACCCAAGCCGUGACCGCGAUCUACUGGACAUACUGCCCGAGUUUCUGACAAUAAACAUUAACUUCAUGCGACCACAGGCUGCCAAGUUCUAUACGCGCGUGGUUGAUGUCUUGACCAAGCGGCGAAGUAGCACUACACAUUAA